UCGGCCCAAGAUGGCGGCGUCGCUCUCCUGCAUGUGUAGCCGCUCAACGCUGAACCUGUGCGGGAACUUUUUACGCUGCCGGCUCGGGACCGGCCGCAAAAGAUUCGCGCUGAAAAGUUAUGAGGUAAAGCCGGGCUCCCCGGUGGCGUGGCGGGCGCUGUCGGCGGAGAGAGGCCGCGGGCCGAGCGGCGCCGGGGCGGGCGGGCUGGCUCAGGCCAUCCUGCAGGAGAAGCUUCAGCAACAGCAGCGGGAACGGGCCAAGGAGGAAGCCGGCGGCGGCAAGGCAGGGGCCGGGAGCGGCGGCGACGCGGGCACCGAGCAGGAACAGAAGCAGAAGCAGAAGCAGAACGCCGCCUAUGCCAAGAAAAUGGUGCUGAGGCUGGCGGGGCUGCUGGGGGCGGGAAGCGCCUUCGGGGUGGUCUACGUCUUCGGUAGUAAUUCAAUAGAUGAAGCUGGAAAUAAGAUUCCAGAUGAAUUCGAUAAUGAUCCUCCCGUUGUACAGCAGUUACGAAGGACGUUUCGCUACUUCAAAGAUUAUAGACAGAUGAUAAUUGAGCCCACCAGUCAGAAGUUGUUGCCAGACCCCCUUAAAGAGCCAUAUUACCAGCCACCGUAUACUGUUGUGUUAGAGCUAACAGAUGUGCUGCUGCACCCAGAGUGGUCGUUAGUCACAGGCUGGCGGUUUAAGAAGAGGCCAGGUAUAGACUACUUUUUCCAGCAGUUGGCUCCGCUGUACGAAAUUGUUAUCUUCACCACAGAAACGGGAAUGACAGCAUAUCCACUUAUUGACAGUGUGGAUCCACAUGGAUUCAUUAUGUACCGUCUGUUCAGGGACGCAACACGGUACAUGGAAGGUCACCAUGUGAAGGACGUGUCGUGUCUGAACAGGGACCCUUCCAAAGUUAUUAUCGUGGACUGUAAAAAGGAAGCCUUCAGCCUCCAGCCCUUCAAUGGUAUUGCACUAAAGAAAUGGGAUGGAAAUUCUGAUGACCGAACCUUGUAUGAACUUGCAGCAUUCCUGAAAACAAUUGCAAUGAGUGGAGUUGAAGAUAUCAGAACUGUACUGGAGAACUAUGCUUUAGAAGAUGAUCCAAUUGAAGCAUUUAAAAAAAGACAAGAGCUGUUAGCACAGGAAGAACAACAGCGAAUAACUGAUCGAUCACAGCAGAAGUCUUCUGGCCUCUCCCUUGGAUCCUUGACUAGCAAACUAUGGCAAAGGUCCAAACCGCAGUAACUCAAGCCUGACUUCCAGUCCCACCCUCCUGCUCUAUUACAGAGCUACCGAAAGUAGUCUGGCCCACUGCUCCGAGCUGGAGUGAGCAAUGGUGUUUUCACCCUGAGGCUGUGCAUACAGGGAAAGCUGUCCCCGGAUGGAGUCCAGUUAAAUUCCGUACUCUCCUUUCCCUUUGUCUGGCAGGGUUAGAUAUGGAAGACAACACAGGGAUGGAAUACUGGUGAUUAUAGCCCAUUACAAGUCCUGAUAUUGGCUGCCAUUUUAGAUGUACCGACACGAUUUGAAUGCCAAGGAAAAGUCACUGUUGAUCCACUUCAUUAGCUUGUCAUGUGUUUUAGUUCAUUGAAGGAAUAGGCUUUUUAAAACUGCCAUUUUUUUUUUUACGAGCCAGCAGUUCAAUGGUGGUUACACUGGGGUGGGGGGGAAUCCAAUUGUCUUAUCAUUGUGACUGUAAACAGUACUAAAUGUACCAACUAUUAAAUCUGCACACAGGUUUUUAUACAGUGCCUGCAAAAUGGAGUCUACCAAAAUUUAGCUUUCCUUUUCCUUGUACAAUCAAUACAAUUUCACAUCUGUAACAUUCUGUAAAUGAUGUGCAUAUGAAACAGAAUGUAGUUCAGUGAGGUGUUAAAUAAAAUUAUGAAGACGAACAGCAA